AUGUCUUCCCCUACAAGUUCCGGGCCUUUUCGCAUUGUCGACCAUGUGGUCGAAUGCCAGCAUAUUCGGGAAUAUCCCGCGGCUACGGCUAACGAACAGGAAGAUGAGUUACAUUUAGCCGUCAAGCAGUAUAUCCCCCUAGAUAACCCUAAUCCCCAGCCAGGUGAUGUCACUAUUCUGGCGACCCAUGCGAAUGGUUUUCCUAAGGAACUCUAUGAACCACUCUGGGAAGAACUACAUGCUCGGUCCAAAGCCAAUGGCUUCCGCAUCCGAAAUAUUUGGAUAGCCGACGUUGCGCAUCAAGGGCAAAGCUAUGUAACCAACGAGGAUCUUUUGGGCAACGACCCUAGUUGGUUUGAUCAUCCCAGAGACCUCCUGCACCUCGUCAACGUGAAGCGCAAGGAGAUGCCUCGUCCCAUCAUUGGGAUCGGUCAUAGCUUUGGCGGUGCACACCUUGCGAAAUUAUGCCUGAUGCAUCCUCGACUCAUCCAUACACUUGUCCUGCUAGACCCUGUUAUCCAGCGACAAACAACGCAGUUAGAUCCCCUAUCAGCCGACAAGCGAAAACUGGCCAUGACCAAAACUACCCAACUAUCAACCUAUCGACGAGAUAUCUGGCCUUCGCGCCAGGCCGCUGCGGAGGGUUUCAAUCGAAGUCCGUUCUACCAAGCCUGGGACUCCCGUGUCCUUGACCGCUGGAUUAAACACGGCCUGCGGGAACUUCCCACGGCUAUUCAUCAACUUCCCAACGAAGCAUCUAAGGACGGUGAACGACCCGUCACCCUAACGACACCUCUUCACCAAGAAGUAUUUACCUUCUCACGCCCCAACUACGAUGGACCUCCGGGCAAAGAUGUACCGGUGAAUCGGGUAACACAUCCUGAUCUCGACCCCAAUCAUCUGGGAUCUUUCCCCUUCUACCGCCCUGAGCCGUCGCGUAUAUUCGCAGAGAUCCCGCACCUUCGACCUAGUGUGAUGUACAUAUUUGGCGGCAAAUCGGAUAUGUGUCUUCCCGAGAUGAUGGCCGACAAGAUGGCCAACACUGGCGUAGGUUUAGGUGGCAGUGGAGGGGCAGCGGCGGGUCGAGUUCGUGACGUCUACCUCAAAGAGUUCGGACAUCUCCUUGCCCAGGAAGCACCGACUGAAUGCGCCGAAGCAGCCAGUAAGUGGUUGGGCCAGGAACUGCAGCGUUGGCGAGAGGAAGACCAGAAUUUCCGAGACCAGUGGAGUCGCAAGUCGAAAGUUGAGAAAAUCACGAUUGAUCCGCGCUGGAAGGAGCACGUCCCCGCCCCCGUGAGGGGUAAGAAGGGCCCUCCCAAGCCGAAACUGUGA